CAAAACGUCUGCCUUUUCCUGGUGCGAUUGAGGAAAACUGAGAGGUUGUUGCGGGUGGGGGGAGCUGGAUCCCACCAAACUCCUCUGCCCCAGUGCUGCACUGGCCAAGUGGUUGGAUGCAGGGGGCUGCUUUGCGCUGAUUUCCUUUUACCCAAUUAUGCUUUGUGGGAUGUUCAACCCAAGGAACAUGGCUGAACGAAAGAGGAAGCCCAAGUUUUCCAAGGAAGAACUGGACAUUCUGGUCACUGAGGUGACCCGAAAUGAAGCCAUGCUGUUUGGGAGGGAGACAAUGCGUCUAUCCCAUGCCGACAGGGACAAGAUCUGGGAAGGCAUAGCCAGGCAGAUCACAUCAGUCAGCCAGGUCCCCAGGUCUGUAAAAGACAUUAAACACAGAUGGGACGACAUGAAGAGAAGGACCAAGGACAAACUGGCAUUUAUGCAGAGGUCCCUCUCCAGCGCUGGCAGCAUGGGGCGGCCCUCGGCCAUCGUCCUGACCGCCCACGAGAGAGCCAUCGAGUCGACACUGCAUUCAUCCCACCAGAUGCACGGCUUCCAGAGAGCGGAUCUGGAUGUGGUUGACAGCCUGUCAACAAGCUCUGGUGAAGAUGAAGAGAUGCCAGGCACUUCUCAGGAACAGCACUUCGCUUCGCUGCAGAGGGCUGGUGCAGGAGUCAGUCAUCUCUCCGGGCCCUCCUUCCUCCGCACUUCUUCCUCAUCAGAGCACUCGGAAGCUAGCAGCCAAAGGCAGGAACUGCACUGUCCAUCCCCACGCACCACCUCGUCCUGCAGACCCCUGCACCCCCGCACAAGGAACCCACCCCUCUCCAGCUUCAAUCGCCAGCUUCUCCAUUCCCAUGCUCAGCAAACAGACAUGUUCGGGCAGUUCUGCCGGGAGCUGGUGGCCAUUCAUAGGGACAUGGCAGACAGCAUGCAUGCCAUCAGUCAGAGGAUGGCUGACCUCACCAGCCAGGUUGGCCAGAUGUGCCAAACACUAACAGAAAUACGGAAUGGGGUCCAGGCUCUCCAUAGGACACAAGAUCCUAGUGUCAUGCAAGGGUCUUGUCAACAAGACACUUGCCCUAAACAGCCCCCAGAACCUAGUUCAGUGUCUAACCAAAACCCUCUAAAACAGAUGACUCCUGCACGGACUACCAGAUCACAAAAGAGAAAACAUUUUUAGUCUGUGUCAUAUAAAGUAAAGAAGGGUGCUCCUUCCUGAGCUGCUGCAUGCUCACAUGGCUUCUCUAUGUGUAUCAGUACUCUGUGGGGAAGGUAAACAGCUGACCCAACCCAUCCACCCCCCUGCCAGCUGUAUGAAUUAUGGCAGCUAAAUAAUAGGACUUUCCCUCUGCAAUGGCAAAGAGGAAUCUUGGAAUGUAGGACGUCUUUCUAUUCAUAGAGACUAGGAGUUUUCACUGACUUCCCAUGCUUUAAAUGCUCUAUAAACUGAGAUGCAAUAGGAAUCAUUAUCUGAAUCUCUUCCCAUACCUGUGAAAUGUUAUUUAUAGCGACAACAUGCUACAGAGCUCCCUUUGCAAUUGACUAACAAAUUUACCCUACUACUGCCUUCCCAUCAUUUUCCUGAAAAUUAGUAUAGGCGAUACGUGCAGAAAUACAGCCUUAUGACUCUAAAGACUCUUACUGCUCGUUCUUUUAUUGUGCAUUCAGCAAUAGUGAGCAAUCCAGGGUUUACUGUGACUUAUACACAGUUUUGGGGAGAGGGGUUUAAAAGCUUUUGCAGAGAAGUGAAGAAAUCAUGAUGUUGAGGACAGGUCUGAGCACGGUGGUUUUAGACUUCUGAGAAGGGCUGUGAUGGCAUGGGCCUGGAUCCUGCAGUAGCACAUGCACUUAUAUUAAAGAAUUUAAAUUUUGUUUGCUCAGGUCUGAAACCCCUACCUACCCUUCACAGUUGCAGUUAAAAUACAAUUAUUUCUUAAUAUGACAACAUUUAUAGAGAAUUGUAUCAUAUUAUUUUCUUGCAUGUUGUAAUCUUCAGUUUUGAAUCACCUUACCCUCUUCAGAACGUGAAAGACUGCACAGAAACAACAAAAGAUAUAGGGCCUACUUCUGACCUUAAGAACAGUUUGGUUUUGUUUCAUUGUAAUUCUGUCAGCUUCAGUACAGUUACUCUGCACUUAGUGUUAUUUAGCAUGGGAUCUGUUCUGUGUUCUCCUGUUGUGAAGAGUUUACAGUCUAAAUUCACAGCUACAUAGAUUAAAAUCUUAGACGUGUUGGUUUUGUACUGCUUUCUUUCCCCAUAGAGAUGCAAGAAAGGACUGUGUUACAACAUUUGAAUUGUUUAGUGCUGUGUGAGGUUCCCAUGUACAACCCUGAUUCUGGAACUAGGCUUUAAUAGUGUCACCUCAGGUGGUGAUAAUGUAUGUGGUAGCUCUUUUAUAACAUGUCUGUUUUCUCCUUGAUUUGCACAUCUGCAUCUACCAUGCUGCCCCCAUUUCUGGAAAAAUCUGGAUCAUUAUCAUGAUCAGCAGGGAAAAGGGCCAAGGUGUUAACCACACACAGCACACCACUGCUCUCCAGGCUGUCCUGUUGUUUUUGGAGGCAGGUUGCAGAAAGCUGUUCCAGUUAAUAUGGAUGAGCAUCAUCAUGCCAUGUCUGGGCUACAAACUUGGCUAAAAAUUUACAGAAACUUCAGCGGGAAUUGAACAUAGGCAGCAUGGUAAGGCAGAAGAAUGGCUUGUUUUGUGUGAUCUUCAGGGAUCUUCUCUAGUCUUUCUGACCUGUCCUUUGAAAGUAUAGUGCACUAGCUUCUCUUCUGGAAAGAUCAUUGUAUAUCUGUUGUGUCAGGCAUACUUGACCUGCUUUUCCUUUUUUUUUUUUUUCCUAGAUGUUCUGUAAUUUUAAUUCAAGUAAUUUAUUUGUAGUGGUGCAGUAAAAGGCCCUUGCUCAAGGAAGCAGUGGUCUGGCUAGGAGAAAAGCCCCCUUUCUGGGGAAUCGCUUGACUGGUUUCAUGCAGAGGACAUUCCUUGUAGUGCUGGUGCCAGACCUGGGCAGAACUUGCUCACCUUCCUCUGAGGAUGUCCUUUUACUUCUGUUGUAACAUUUGUAUUCUACAAAAGUCACAGUCUCUCUUCAGAUGAAAGAGAUAUUGGGAAAUCUGGCAGAAGUGGAUCUAAUUUAUGAA